UAUCUGUAUGAGUGACCAUUUUAGUUUGUGUCCAAGUGUUAGACCUGUGCGCACGCUAAAUUAUCGUAAAUUGUUAAAAUUAUUUUGCAAUUAAAACGCAUUAAAAUGCCUUCUUGUGCGGUGAAGUGGUGUGGGAAACAUUCCAAGACAUCGAGUUACAAAAAGGAUGGUAUAACUUUUCACCGGUUUCCGAAGAUUCCGGAACUAAAAGAAAAGUGGAUGAAUAAAAUUAAUAGGGAAAAUUGGUUCCCAACGAAAUACAGUGCUGUCUGUUCAAGGCACUUCACACCUGAUUGUUUUGAGUAUUUAAAACAACGUCGCCGUUUAUUUAGUUCAGCAAUACCAACAAUGUUUCUACCAAUUUUGGCUUCACCUUAUAGUUUGACUGAGUCUAAUACUAACGUACCUGGGCCUUCGCAUCACAAUACCGGCCAAAGUUUAUCAUCAAAAACAGAAGUGCAUUCUGAAGUUAAUACAAUAAUUGAAGACCAGACUCUUGCGCCGUGCGGUCUACUAGAUGAUAGUCACAUUCUUAGGCCUUCCCAUGUUUAUGAAAGUCCCAGUUCAACAAUGAAUACCAAAGUAAUAGUAGACCCAGAAAUUGGUGAGCUCAGUCCACGAAAACGCAAAAUGAAACGACAAAUAGACCAUCUAAUAUAUUCUCUAAAUAACAAGAAAAAACAUGUAAAGAGGCUUCAAGACAAAAAUAGAGUGUUGGUAAAAAAAAAUGCGAAUCUAAAAGAAAUUUUAAAUACAUUGUCUCAAAAAUCUUAUAUAACCGAAGAAAAUGAAAAUAUUUUAUCCUGCAUAGGUGUACAAAAUCGAGAAACU